UUUUUUUUUCUUAUUUUACAUAAGCUAAGCAUAUUUUUUUUCUUCUCUUCUUUUUCUUGUACACUUAUCAAUAAUGUCUUCUUUAGCAAGUUUAAUUAGUAAUGUGAAAGCAAAUACCGCUAACAAUGAUCACAUAAAUAGAAGUUUAAAGAGAAAAGCAACAUUUUCAAAGGAAGAAUUAAGACAACAGAAAAGAAAAGCCCUUCUUAAGAAGAAGGCAGAUGAUAAGAAAGAAUCAAAUGAGCCCAGUAUUGUUGUGUUCGAUGAUUCAGCAUUACAAAAGAAACCUGUUUAUGAAGAUAAAGCAUCAAAAAAACAAUUUAUGAAUUCAAAAAUUACAACACCUGAUCCAUACAACAUUACAACUCCCAAAAAUAAACCUUCUGCAAAAGAACUUGAAGAAGAGGCUGAAAAUCAAAAACAUGAUUUAGAAUUACAUCAACUCUUAAACACCUCAAAUCUUUUAGAGGAACUCGCACAAGAAGAAAUGACAGCAAGAGAAAAAAGAAAGAAUACAAUGAAAAAAUUAGUGGACUUGGGUGCAAAGCCAGCAGCAAAUCAAAAGAUGCCAUUAUCAUUAAAAUUAAGCUUAGAUAAAUCAAGAAAGGAAAGGGAACUUGCUAAACUACAAGAAGCAAAGGAUUUAGGUAUUUACGAUAAAUCAUUAAAGCAUCUAUACAUAAAAACAAAGCCAAAGAAGAGAAACCGUGAUCCUGGCAUUACAAAUGGUAUUGGCAGAAUGAAGGGUGCUACCUUGACUAUUAAACAAUCAGAUAUUGAAAGAAUUCAGAAACAAGGAUCAAAGAAAUCUUCCGGCAAGAAACGACGAUAAAAACGAAGCUAUAAGAUUAAACUUAUUUACAUGUAUACCAUAAUUUUAGACAUUUAGUAAACUUCUUGUACUUUUGCAUAAAGAUGGUAAUUCGAAAAGGAAAAAGGAACAAAAAAAAAAAUUAGAGAGUAACAAGUUGACUUUUACUGUGCAUAAGACAUUACUUAAUGACUAUCAUACUUUCCUUACACGAAUAAUAUCUUAACAUGAACAAUGACCCAUUUUAUUGACAGUGUUUUUUUUUUUUUGAUAACUGCAUAAAAUUGUUUUUUUUUA